AUGAACAACAGUAGUUCAGAUCCCCUCCUAGAUAUUAAUUCAGCUGUUGCUGUCUUGACACUAUCAGAAAGUGUUGUGACCAAAUCAGAUCAGUGGUUUGACAAUGAAUUAUUUUCUUGUAUUUCACCAUAUAAGAUGGAUUAUCUUGAAGAUGAUGAACUUGAUUAUUUGAUGCACUCCUAUUCAACAUUUCUUGAAGGAGUUGAUGCGGUUAAUGGAAGUGCACUAUUUGAUCGUUUUGCCAGCGUGGAAUUUUGCGGUGAUCGAUAUGGAUCCCUCGACUCGAGGAGUGAACGAUCAUCAUAUGUCAUUGCUUCUUGGGUUGGAGUUGACGGCCAGAUCGAUCCUACAUCAUCUGAUGCAAGACCAGGAGUAGUUCACUACUACUUGAAGCAAAAUAUUUUUCUUGGUGGAGAACCAAAAACUCUUGUCAUGGCCAGAGUUUCCUGGUUCCAAAGACAUCCAGAUAGGAACAGGCAUGGAAGUGGCAACACUGAAAUUUGGUGUAAGGACAUAUUUGAGCCACUAGGACCUGCUUCGUUUAUACCAGUUCAGAGAAUUAAAUGUAAAUUUAUUGGAACUGUCCAAACAUGGAGAAGAGAAAAUGUACUCUUUGUUCUGCCACUUGAAAGAAAAAUUUACUUGUGA